GUGGACGAGGCGCUGCUGGAGAACGUGCUGUUAGCCUUCGCGGCGAAGAAUCCGAAGAUCGGCUACUGUCAGUCAAUGAGUUUUGUGGCCGCUACACUGUUGAUGUACAUGGAGGAGGAGUCCGCUUUCUGGACCCUCUGCGGCUUGCUUGAAGACAUCUUGCCAGAGGAACCAGGGCACGGUGCCGGGGCACGUCUGAGUAAACGUGGCGAGAAUCCGAACGACUACUUCUCGGAGCGGAUGUCCGGUCUGCGCGCGGACCUGCGGGUGCUGCAGAAGCUGCUGAGCGAGGAGAUUCCGGAGCUGGCGGAACAUUUGGAUCUCCAAGGGAUCGACUUGUCCCCCAUCACCGUGAACUGGUUCCUGUGCCUGUUUCUGAAUACCCUCCCGGCAGACUGGUCCCACCGUGUCCUUGAUUCAGUGCUUCACGAGGGCUCGGUGGUGCUUUUUCGGAUGGCGCUGGGUAUUCUGUGGCUGCGGAGGAAGGACCUCCUGUCCUGCUCCUCCCUGCCCGAUGCCUUCAGCUUCCUACGGAGCCCCAUGGCCGUCUCGGACGACGCGCCUGCGUUGGAUGCGGCGGAACUGUGGGAGACCAGGGCGAGGGUCGACCGGGCUGAGAACGACGAGAUUUGA